AAUAAUCAGAAAUAAUUUGGAAAAAUACCGUUGUGAAAGUUUUGGAGACGAAGUAUGUAGGUCACAGAAAGCUCUUGAGCGCAAGUCCGUCGCGAAGGAAACGCAACUUUUCGAUCGACACUGUUCCUUUCGUAAAAUACGUCGGUGGUAGGUCGACGGACGCAACGUUUAGAACGGCGCACGUGUGUAAAUGUUACCGAAGAUUUCCUUCGUCAGGUAAUUGCAUCAGAAUGUCUUUCUUCGCUUGGAAAGGGAGCAAUCGUUCCGAAAAUACCGAACACGGUGGACACAAUUUACAAGAUGGACUUUUUCAAAUUGCAUCUCAAGCUUGUCACAUAUUAGUACAAGUGAACAACACGCACAACGUUUCGUACGGUGGAAACAAUAAUGUAAAGAAUAUCGCAUAUUCGAAAUGUUCCGGCAAUGACGAAGAUUCGAUACGUCAUACAGCUUCUUCCACGAGUAAACCCACUACUUCUACGAGUAGACCCACUGCUUCCACGAGUAAACCCACUACUUCCACGAGUAAACCCACUACUUCCACGGUUAAGUCUUAUGCAAAAUACAUGAAAGAACAAAGGAAGGAUCAGGAUGUAGUCGUUUUAUUGCCACAUCCUAAGAGCAGAACGCCUCAUGUUAAGCACAAAUUAUCCACAGUUUCUGAAAAUGCCAGAUUAGAAUUGAAUCCAUCAAAGUAUGUCGGCAGUGGUGGUAGAAAUGGUGGUUCUGGUAGUGGAUCUGGUGCCAGUGCAGCUAACGGUAAUACCACCGCUCCUGACGAUGAUUUGGAAUUGUGGGAUUAUUCCGGUUUUAUGUUGAGAAACGAUACUGAUGAUCCAAUUACGAAUGGGAAAUGGGGAGGUUCACAAGGAUGGUGCAGACCAAGUUGCAUUCCAAUUACAGGCAUAUUAAUUUUGAUAGUGCUGGUUGUUUUAUUGCCAUUAUUAGAACAUGCAGUGGAAAAAUACGCGUCGAACGACACGAAUUUCGAUUUCGACAUGAGUUGCAUGAAUGACUGUAAUUUAUCUUUCGUGGAAACUCUGCCAAUCGGCAUGAACUACACGAAUAACACCGUUUUUCUCGACAACACUUACGACUCUUGGAUCAAAUUGAUUUCAUUGGCGCGGGAAAAGAUAGAAAUAGCAUCGUUUUAUUGGACUAUGAGGAGGGAAGAUGUAUAUCCAGACGAUAGUGCGAAACGGGGUGAAGAAGUUUUCCAUUUGCUUCUCCAAGCGGGCAGAGAUCGGAAUAUUUUACUGAAGAUAACGCAAAAUAUACCGUCGCAAAUAAGACCGAACAUCGAUACGGAAGUGUUGGCGAAAAAAGCAAACGCUAAGGUCAAAAGUUUAAAUUUUGCUGGAUUGCUCGGAGGAGGAGUACUUCAUACGAAAUUAUGGCUCGUUGACAGAACGCAUUUAUAUAUUGGUUCUGCGAAUAUGGAUUGGCGGUCACUCUCGCAGGUGAAGGAACUUGGUUUAAUGGCUUUAAAUUGCAGUUGCUUGGCAAACGAUUUUGCCAAGAUAUUCGACGUUUAUUGGACAGUAGGAAACGAUGGUAAAAUACCUUCUGUUUGGCCGGAUUAUCUUAACACGAGAAUUAAUUUAAAGAAUCCGAUGAACUUUACAUUUAUGAACAAUAAGUAUAAAACAUUUGUUGCGAGUUCACCUCCGCUAUUUUCGCCAAAGGGUAGAACGAAUGACAUGGAUGCUAUUCUUUAUUGUAUCGAAAAAGCCGAGAAAUUUAUUUAUAUCUCAGUAAUGGAUUAUUUUCCACUAACUAUAUUUACAGCGAAAAUCAAAUAUUGGCCGAUAAUAGAUGAUGCACUGAGAACAGCAGCUAUCGAACGUAAAGUACAUAUACGACUAUUGAUAUCGUCGUGGAAGCAUACGAUGAAAUCAGAGGUUUUCUUUUUGAAAUCGCUCGUGGAACUAACAGAUAGUUAUAGAGGUGUGAAAAUUGAAGUGAGAAAAUUCAUAGUUCCUACGAACCCUGAUUUGGACAGAAUACCGUUUUCAAGGGUAAAUCACAAUAAAUAUAUGGUGACUGAUGCAACAGCGUAUAUAGGAACAAGCAACUGGUCUGGCGAUUAUUUUAUAAAUACAGCAGGUAUAGGUACGGUAUUCGAGACUAUCGGCGAUCAGACUUCGGAAAAUCUUAGACAGCAAUUGGAAAAUAUUUUUCAUCGUGAUUGGUAUUCUGAAUACUCUUAUGCUUUAAACGAAAGUAUACCAUUUGUGAAACGAUCAACAAAUACCAUCGAAGACUACUACCUACGAUCAUCACGUUACAUAUUAGCGUGACAAUAUCAACGAUUUGAUCAACGUCUCCAGCGAAGACAAUGAAAAUCAUUUCUUGCUGCUUAAUACGAAGUCUUGGAGACGAAUUUCUUAAAUGUUUUGUCCCUUGUCAUUGACAAAAUUAAAUUCAUUCUCUUUUUCCUUAUCUUUUUUUUCUUUUUUUUUUUACGAAGCACAUUCUUACGAUUAUCCAUACUCAGCAAAUAUCGACUUCGAGCUGACGUUUUGUUUGUUCCGUGUACACUACAUACACAAACACAUUCCUCUUUCAUUCUCUUUUAUGUUGUUCCAUCUCUGCUGUUAUUUCUUUAAAGGCAUACACGAGCGUACAUUUACACCCACGCGUACCAUCUCCUUCGGACUACAUCUCUCUCACUCGCUGGUUUACUUAUUCAUACUCCUUUCCCUCCAUCUGAUGUGCGCAUUCACGCACAUACACACUCAUUAACCACGAAGUAAGUACCUACGUAUCUGAAAUUUUAAACCUAUAAGAAUAAUCUUACAUAAUGGACGUUUGUGUGCCUUGCUUUAAGUGACCUUGCGAAUGUCUUCUAUGAAAAACCAUUAAUGUUAAUUAAUAUUACAACCCGAACAAUAUUCCGUCCAUAUAAUAAUAUAAUUCUGAAACAGAUGCUUUAUAUACAUUUUAGUAAUUAAUGUGUAAAAUAUUUUGUUAUUACAUGUGAUUGAUUUAAACAUUGAUAUAAAAAAAGGGGAGAAGAAAAAAGUGCUAUACGAACUCGUGACAUUUAUUAGAAUUCAAUAUAAAUACAACAUACAUUGGUAACGUUACACGAUCUGCAACUUUUUAUCGAUACGAAUCUUAGAAUUAAUAGUAAAUGUGCUAAUCACUGACGUAUCUAGUUGCAAACAAGUUACUUCUGAUGUUCAUGUGACGUUUAAACUAUAUGCAUUAUACAUACAUCUUUGCGUGGAAAGAUACGCGAUUUUAGUAAAUCAAUUCCAUAAGUAUCACAAAAAGUGGCGUUUUUUCCACAAGUAUAUUCGAAUUAGCAUGAAAAAUUAUAUACUUGAAAAACUGUUUACAUCAUUAUUAAUUAAUUUAUUUAUUGUGAAACAAAGUUCGUUUGAAACUUACAGUAACGCAAAGAAUUGUGCUUCUACUAUAAUUCGCUGCAAGCAGCAACGAAUUUUAUUUUUCCGCGAUUCGUUAUAAGCAAAUCGUUUUUGUAUAACUCACGUCUUUUCUAUACUUAUAUGUAUACAUUUUAAUUGUACUUCCGUUCUUAUACAUUUUUGUACAGAAACAUAUAUAGAUUAUAAAUAUGCAUACGUA